GGAAAUUGGUGCGUGGAUAGAAUCUUGGAUAGAAAGUCUCGGUACGUGUGUUUUGGGCAUUUUUGGCGAGCAUGUUUCCGUGCAUUUUUGCAUGUUAUUACUUUUGCCAUCGAGGUUCAAAAAUGUUGACCCUUGUUUAGAGUUGCGUUAUGGAAAUAGCGGUAGAGUUUCGCUGCAGUAUCCAUUUAAUAGUUCACGAAUUGAUGCAUCGGUUCAACUUCGCACAGCUCACAACUUUAGACUGAUAUUUUAAUAACUUCCCUUGCAACAUGUCUUAUGAAAAACGGGCAAACUUUCCACGCCUACUCACCAAAAAUGCAUAAAACCCCAUUUACAAGAACUUCUACUGAGCACCAAAGGUCAUCGGUCAAAUACCACCGGAUCAACUCCAGUUCGUCGCUGCCACUGGUGGUUCCCCAGCCCGCUCCGGGAAACCGGACAGUGCGCAAGGUCAAGGACUGCGUCCUGAUUCAGUCCCGGCAAUGGAUGCGGUUCGUGAUCUUGCUCGGCGACCCGCUGGUGACGUGUCUGGCUCUGUUCGGCGGCCUGCUGCUGAUUGGUGGAACGAUGCUGACGUCACUGGCCCACCUGCCCAUGAAGACACCGCUCGAACGAGUCGCCCUGACCGACAGCCUUGGAACGGCUCGGGUUAUUGGUCCGGUUCUCAUUGGACUUGGAGUUUUGUUCUUGUCAUCGAGCGUCUUCAACCACCAGAUUCUGCUAAAGAGGGAUCGUCAGAGAAGAAAACAUAAACGGCAGCACGUUAGGGACGAAGUGCCCGAAAAUGCUGCAUGCCCGCCAUCUAUCAGCCGUUCGCGGAAGCUUCGGUCGGCCGACAAAGGACAGAACGGUGGCGGCCGGCCGCCCCUGCCGCCUAGUUGUCCAUCUGUCCACCAGGCGGCGGUGGCGUCAGUCGUGUCUCAGCCGCCGCCCAGUGCGGACGGUGACGCUCCGCCACCAGUGAGGGUGACGGAGUCGCCUGCAACUGGGGCACGCCCGAGAGAGGCUAAAUUAACGAUGUCGAAUAGGAGGUUAACGCGAGAGCCUUCUAGUUAGGUAUUCCUGAUCAGUUGACUUUUUGUUUUCUUGUGAAAUGCCACUUGAUGUAAUGUUUGCUUACACUGUUAUGUCAUGUCACAUGCUCUGUUAGGCUCAAUAAUGGUGCAUUAAGUGUUAAGUGUAAAGUGUAAAGUGUGAAGUGUGUUUUGUGUUCUGGUUCUGUUCCGAUGGUGUGAGUCGCGCGAUACGAAUUGAGACUCAGAAAAAUUAAAUUCCUUUCAA